AUAAUAAUCAGGGGGUGUCCAAGUAAUUUGGGGCCACGGCGUUUGUCGCGCUGUUCAGGAAUCAAAAAACAGAGAACAGGCCACGGGCCAAUCGUUCGAUCUCUCUCUCGCCUCGGAUCUUCAAUUACAGGGACAUAGAUACAUUGUUCUUAGGGUUUGUCCUUCAUGUCCUCUCUUUCUACCCCUUCCCGAUCUUCUAAUUUUUUUGAAUUUUCGGUUUUUCUUGGUGAAUAUACACAUAAUAAUUCAUAUACAUAGAUAGAUUUCACAAUUUGAAAAUGGCGGGCCCGAACCAGACGCCGAAUACGGAUCUAUUCGAUGCCUACUUUCGGAGAGCAGAUUUGGAUCACGACGGUCGGAUCAGUGGUGCUGAGGCUGUUUCCUUCUUCCAGGCCUCCAAUUUGCCCAAACCAGUCCUCGCUCAGAUUUGGAUGUUUGCGGAUCAAAAUAAAACUGGUUUCCUCAGCCGAACUGAGUUUUAUAAUGCUCUCAAACUUGUCACUGUGGCACAAAGUAAGCGAGACUUGACUUCAGACAUUGUCAAGGCGGCAUUAUAUGGUCCUGCUUCAGCUAAAAUUCCUGCUCCCCAGAUGAAUUUUGCAGCCACACCUGCUCCUCCACCAAAUCCUACAGUAGGUAGACCUGUCCCACAGUUGAGUGGAGCAACUCCAACGCCAUCUCAAAAUAUUGGUGUCAGAGGGCCACAGGUAUAUGCAAAUGCAAGCAUGGACCAGCAGUUUUUCCCAUCUCAGCAAAAUCAACUGGGAAAGCCACCUCGACCCAUGGCUUCCAGUACUUUUUACCGUGCACAGCAAGGUGGUCAAGGAAUGACUGGGGCAGGUACUAUUGCAGCUUCUCGUUCCCCGAGUACAAAUAUCUCCACGGAUUUGCUUGGUGGAGGGACAGGUGGUCCCCCAGCAGGAGUAGCUACUCAAAUUUCUAAUAGAGGGAUUAGUCCUACAACACAAGGUGGAUUUGGGACGACAGCACCAGGUAUGACACCCUCUGCACAACCUAGACCACAGGCAACCACUGGGCUGAUGCAACCUGCUGCACUAAAACCCCUCGGUCCAACCUCGCCAUCCUCCCAGGUGGGAGCUAGGGAUUCUAAAGCUCUGGCUGUUUCAGGAAAGGGGUUUGCAUCUGACUCGGUAUUUGGAGAUGUAUUUUCUGUAACAUCGUCUCAACCAAAGCAGGAUUCCGUGGCACCUGCAUCUUCUGCCACUAACUUACCCGUUGCAUCAGCCAUUGUUCCUGCUACUACUGGGCCUCAAUCUACAGUUAAACCAAACCCACUUGGAUCUUUACAGAGUGCCUUUGCUCAGCAAUCGGUGGGCAGUCAGCAUCAGCAAGUUCAGUCAACGGUCAAAGGAAACCAACAAGUUUCAGAGCAGAGUGCAACAACCUUGAGUUCCACUACUGCUGGUUUUCAAGCUGGAAAUUCUGCUUCUGGCCAAUCCCUGGUUCCAUGGCCAAGGAUGACCCAAUCUGAUGUUCAGAAAUAUACUAAAGUAUUUGUGGCAGUAGACACAGAUAGAGAUGGGAAAAUAACUGGUGAACAGGCACGCAAUCUGUUCUUAAGUUGGAGAUUGCCACGAGAGGUCUUAAAGCAGGUGUGGGACUUGUCUGAUCAAGAUAAUGACAGCAUGCUUUCUUUGCGAGAAUUCUGUAUUGCAUUGUACCUGAUGGAACGGAAUAGGGAAGGCCGUUCUCUCCCUAGAACGCUUCCAACUGGCAUUAUGUUUGAUGAGACACUGUUCCCUGCAUCUGGUCAACCUGCUGCAGCUUAUGGCAAUGCAACUUGGAGACCUGCUCCUGGUUUGCAGCAAGCACAAGUGAUGCCUGGUGCACAGCCAGCUACUCCUGCUAGAGCAAGACCACGAAAUCAGGUUGCUGUUCCUCUGUCUGAUGAAGACAUUCAGCCCACUCAGAAAAAAUCCAAAGUUCCAGUGCUGGAGAAGCAUCUUGUGAACCAACUUAGUGAAGAGGAACAGAAUUCACUGAACAAAAAGUUUCAAGAGGCAACUGACGCAAAUAAAAAGGUUGAAGAAUUGGAGAAGGAAAUAUUAGAUUCUAGGGAGAAGAUUGAGUUCUACCGCUCCAAGAUGCAGGAACUUGUAUUAUACAAAAGCAGAUGUGACAAUCGGCUAAAUGAGAUCACUGAAAGGACUACUGCAGACAAACGUGAGGCUGAGUCACUUGCAAAGAAAUAUGAAGAGAAAUACAAGCAGAGUGGAGAUGUAGCCUCUAAAUUAAGUAUUGACGAGGCCACAUUUCGCGAUAUUCAGGAGAAAAAAAUGGAGCUGUAUAGGGCAAUUGUUAAAAUGGAACAAGAUGGCAAGGCUGAUGGUAUUCAGGUGCAUGUUUAUCGAAUCCAAUCAGAACUGGAGGAGCUAGUGAAAUCCUUGAAUGAACGUUGCAAAAAUUAUGGUUUACGUGCAAAACCAACGACACUGGUUGAACUUCCUUUUGGCUGGCAACCUGGGAUUCAAGAAGGAGCAGCUGAUUGGGAUGAAAAUUGGGAUAAUUUUGAAGAUGAAGGUUUCACAUUUGUCAAAGAACUUACUCUUGAUGUGCAAAAUGUCAUAGCCCCUCCCAAACCAAAAUCCUCACCACUUCAAAAUAAAGCUUCUUCCGCGAAGGAGGGGGUAACAGAUGUUUCCUCAUCUAAUGGUGAUCAGAAGUCAGAGACAUCUAAUGCUGAUGGUAAGUCAGAGACAUCUAAUGCUGAUCGUAAGUCGGAGACGCUACCAAGUGGAGAGGAAAGGAUUCCUGAUGAUGCUCACAGUGAAGAGGGUGUAACUAGAAGUCCUCCUGACAGCCCAACUCCUGCUUUGGGGAGCCCAUCUAAAAAAUUCCAAAAUUCCCCAUCUAGAAAGAGCUUCAAUGCAGAUGGUUCGCCCCAUGCUGCAGAGACCCUUAGUGAACAUGGGGGUGCUGAAUCUGUGCUCUCUGGGGACAAAAGUUUUGAUGAACCUAGCUGGGGUACAUUCGACACUCAUUAUGAUACAGACUCCGUCUGGGAUUUUGGUUCUGGUCCUACUAAGGAAAUGGAUGGUGAUAAUUUCUUCGAUUCUGGUGGCUUGGGUUUGCCUCCAAUAAGAAUCAGUUCCUCUAACAGAGAUACGUUUCAAAGGAAGAGCACAAUUGCUUUUGCAGAUUCCAUUCCAAGCACCCCCCUUCACAAUUCUGGCAACUCCCCACAGGCCGAUAACAGGUUUCCAAAGAAGAACACAUUUGUAUUUGAUUCUGUUCCGAGCACCCCGCAGGCUGAUAACCUGUUUCAAAAGAAGAGCACAUUCGCAUUUGAUUCUGUUCCGAGCACCCCACAGGCAGAUAAUUUGUUUCAAAAGAAGAGCACAUUUGUAUUUGAUUCUGUUCCGAGCACCCCACAGGCCAAUACCCUAUUUCAACAGAAGAGCACAUUUGCAUUUGAUUCUGUUCCGAGCACCCCCAUGUACAACUUUAGCAACUCUCCACAAAGGUUCAGUAAAGGGUCAGAAGAUAGAACAUUUGAUAGCUUCUCGAGAUUUGAUUCGUUCAAUAUGCAUGACAGUGGAGUUUUUCCAGCAAACGAGUCGCUCACGAGGGUGGAUUCGAUCCGCAGCACUACAGACUCCGAUUAUGGUCAAGGGUUCUCAAGAUUUGAUUCCUUCCGCAGCACUAGCGAGUCUGAUUAUGGUCAAGGAGGGAUAUUUCCACCUCGGGAAUAUGCAAGGUUUGAUUCUAUCCGUAGCACCAGAGACUCAGAUGAUCGUCAUAGGUUCCAAUCCUUUGAUGAUGCAGAUCCAUUCGGGUCAAGUGGGCCGUUUAAGACCUCACUGGAUAGUCAAACUCCAAGGAGAGAUUCAGAUAAUUGGAGAGCUUUUUAGUCUAAUAGUUCAGUUUCUGAUUCAUAUUCAUUUUUUUUCGAUUUCAUUUGAAGCCGUUCACGUGAGGUUUGUGGGUUGGUGUCACUGUCAUGAUCCUUUCUUUCUUUUCUUUUUUUUCUUUGUUGUAAUUUUUUUUGGGAAUUUGAUAUGGAGUAUGUGACAAUAAGUUGAAGGACAUGAGUUGUGGAUUUAGCACAUGUAUAAUUUUGGUUAUUUCAUUAUUUUAUUAUUUUUCCCCCUCA